CAUUCAUUGUAAUGAUGCUAGCCUCACUCAGUCAGUCCCAUGACUUCUGAAACUCUUCACUAAGAAAGACAUCACAUCCCAGACAGAGCACACCAUGGGCGUCCAGGGAUUGACCAGCUUCAUGGAGGAGAAUGGAAACAUUUUAAAAGAUGUUCACCUCAGAAACAGCAAGCUGAUCAUAGAUGGUAGUAAUCUGUUCAAUUUGCUUUAUUUUAACUCACGUUUGGAUCAGAGUCAUGGAGGGGAUUAUGAUGCUUUUGAGGACCAGGUCUGCAAGUUCUUUAAGGCUCUGAGAGACUGCGACAUUGACCCUUUUGUGAUUGUAGAUGGGGGCUCCGACUACACCGACAAGAAGUUUGAAACUCUCAAAAAACGAGCUCAAUCAAGGAUCAAGACUGCCAACGACUUGUCCAUGGGGCUUCAGGGGAGCGGUGGUGUACUACCAACCCUCAUCAAACAUGUCUUCAAACAGGUCCUCUCCAGCCUGAAKGUGCCGUUCGCAAAGUGCAUUUGUGAGGCAGACCAAGAAAUAGCUUCCCUGGCUCGAAGUUGGAACUGUCCAGUGCUGUCCAAUGACAGUGACUUUUAUAUCUUUGACAUCCAGGCAGGAUUUCUGCCCACAUCCCAUUUUCACUGGCAGAAAGUGUCUGUGCACCGCGGGAGCUCURUAAGAUACAUUCCCUGCAAGCAGUACACCACAACAAGCUUCUGCCGACACUUCAACAUCAACAGACAGGUUCUCCCAGUCUUCGCUGCCAUGUUAGGAAAUGACUACGUCAAGUUGCAUAACAUGGGUGUUUCCCUCAGGUGGGAAGAAUACUCAUCAAUUGUUGGAAGGUUUGCCCGCUUCGACGGCUUGCUGAAUUGGCUGACCCACUUCCAGGGGCAGGAGGAGGCCUUGGACUCUGUGCUCAGGCUCAUCAGUCAUAGUAACAACAGACAGAAAACRGAUGCUGCCCUCCAGGGCCUCUCCCUGGGCAUAGAAGAGUACCAUCUUCCCCCUAGUUGCCUGGAGCGGUUCUUCAACGAUGGAGUGGGACCAGGCCCCGGCCGUCUCCCAGAGCCUCUGAGGGUCCUUCCAGACUGGACCCUGCUGCCGUUGAUGAAAGGUAGACUUCCCUCCUGCAUGGUAGACGUGCUGCUGCUGGGGAGGGUGAUGCACGGUGCCCAGGUGGAAGAUUCCCGCUUGCCAUGUGGGAACAACACCUCUCGACCAGUACGAUGGUAUCUACGGGCUGCUGCGGGUGGGAGGAGAGCAGGCCACAGCAGUCAGAGACCCCCAGUGGAUGACGUGGAGGAGUAUUACAGGGAAGGCAAGACUGACCAGCAGCAUGGUUGA